AUGCGCCUGAAACGCCAUUUCCACUCCAAUCACGACAAACGCGACUCGCCGAGCAUGUCGACGCGCAAAUUGUCGUUGUUCAAUCGCUGGAAGAAUCAGGCGUUGAACGAGACCGAACUCGAUGGAAUCAGCGAGGAAGAGAUGGUCGAAUACAAAGAGGCUUUCAGGUUAUUUGAUAAGGUUUGUUUUUGUGGAACUUUUGGAAUUUUUUAUUCAGAGCUUUGAUUUUUUCAAUUUGGUUUUGGUUUACAUUUUUUCGAUUGAAUUCACUGUUUUUAAAUUUUUGUUUGUAUAAAACAUACCUACUGCUUAGAUACAUCCGUCGCGUGUAUAAAUUGUCUUUUUAGUUUCUAAUCAAACCAAAAAUUUAAAUUUCUUUGACCUCAAGUAUUUUUUAUUUUUCCAUUAAGCAUAUUUUCAAUUGUUUUAUUUGUAUGAAACCAUUAGGCCAUUUAUUUGUCCGGUUCAACUUCGGAUUGUUUUUGAUCAGCCCAUUUAAAAGUCGUUAUGUCAUUUAACAAGGCUAUUAAUUUUGACGAAUGCUUACAUAAUAAAAAUAGAGCCAGCGGCACAAAUUUACAACUAAACAAACAAAUCCUGAGCAAAACGGGGCCUUCUUAACCUAUAAUGACCACAAGCUGACGUUAAAUUUUAGAAAUUCACAAUCUUAUUAUCAGGAAAAUAUUUUGCUCUAAAACCUUUUGUAUAUAAUACCAUAACAGUUCCAUUCUCAACUUUUAUGACAUUACAAUAGUUUUAAAUUAAUCAUAUUUUACAACUUUAAAAUAUUAAAACUUUAUCCAUUUGUUAUUGUCUUUACAAUUUUGAUGUUUAAUGUAGUGGAGAAAAUUUAAAACUUCCUGCGAGUUAAGAACUCAAAGCGAUGUAUUGUCUGGCUCCCUUAAGGGUUAUGACUACACGCCGUUUCGGUGUGAUAACUCAGGGCCUACUCAACUUUUUUUGAUGUUGUUUUUCACAAAUUCUUAGUUCGGUACGUGAGGAGUGUGGUGGUAGAAGAGAGGUCAACGGAAAGAUUGAAAUGUCACUCAAAAUUCGUCACAUUUUCGAGACAUACAAUUAGAUUAAAAUACUGUGUUUGUGCAUUAAAAAUUUGCUGCGUUCUUUUUGAAACAAAUUUGAUAAAAUUCGUUUUUUUAAUAUUCUAAGCCAUCCAGAUCAAGACAAAGCUUUAGAAACAUCAAAAUUUCUAAUUUGAUCAAAUGAUGAAAAAAAAUUAGCCCUUUCUAAUUUUAUCAAGCCAUGAAUUUUGAAUCAAUUUAAAAAAUCGAAUCACAUGCCAGACGACCCUUGGUAGUCCGGGAAUUCCUCAGGGCCACUGUUCGAAAUCUCGAAGAUCAAGGGCAAUUUCUAGUUGACUUUUCAUUCGAACACCUGAUUGUUCAAAAACAAAAUCUCUCUCAUUGUUUUCCCACCUGUCGUUAAACAUCCCAAACACUAGUCCAAUUAAACAUAACUUCUUUUUUAUGAUUCUCUUAUUGAAUUACAAUUUGCACACAAAACGAAUUAGAUUCCGAUACCUUAGCACACAAAAUGAAUUAGAAUCCGAUACCUUUGCACACGUUAACAUAAGUCAAUUUUACGUUAACAUACUUAAGCUUCUAAUUUAGUUUGUAAGCAAAAAAAGAUACCAUAACCUAGAUGACAAGCAGGUUUAUACAUGAAUUCCUUGAUGUAUAAAAACUUCUUAAGUACUAGCAUUCCACUCACUCCUAUCAGUACAAAAAUGCACUUUAAAUUCGACUAAAUUAGUAAGCCUAUUAAUCAAGCUGUCUUUGAACCUAACGUUGAUACUUUUAUUAUAAGCAUUUCUCACAUGUGAUCCGCUAAUUUUUUUGGCCUAAAAGAUCGAACGUGACUGUUCGAUUGGUCAAGCUCGCUUCAAAAACUGACAUUCCAUCUCUCGCUAAUUGACAUACCAUAAUGUGGAAAAAGUUGUUUUGCAAAAAAGUUGGCAGGUCAGAUUGAGGAGGCAUAUUUCACUAUUUUUAAUAUUGGCAGAGAACAGGCAUUUUAAACUUUCAACUUUGAUAACUCAACAAAGUCAUUGAGAGAUUAUUUUUCAUGAAAGUAUUUAAAAAUUACUUUAAAGUGCUUUAGGACAUAUGUUAAACAAUAAAUGACAUUGUUAAACAAGUCAUAAAAUCUUUCAAAAUGACUUGACCCGCUUUUAAGCCGACCCGCUUCCGGUAGACUGUGCAUAAAGAAAAGGAUGUGAUGUCUUUCCUUUGUUUAGCACUUUUUGAAAACAAGACAUCAACGUCAUUUAUAUGCAAAAACGAGAAAAGUUGUAAUCGUGUUUUGCUUACACGGUAUUAUAAAAACCGCGUUUUUAUGUGUAAACACGUGUUUAUGGGUCUUAUUGGUACUUUACUGACGUCUUACAUCCACAAAAUACAGUGUUAUAUCCGGAAAAUACAGUUUUACACCACCCACGAAACUUUUCGUUAGUUUCUUUUUAAAAAUUUGCAUUUGCCGUUACGUUUACUACAUUUUUUUAAUCGCAGCUUUUUUUGGUAUCUUAAAGUGCAAAAACAUCUUUUGAUUUAUUUAAAGAUGUAAAAUUGUUCUUUUCCGCAAACCGCUCGCUAUUUUCAGAAUGUGUCAAAAUAUUGCGUCGACAUUUUUGGGUAAACGUUCCCCGUUGUUUUUUUUUGAGUAAAAGUUCCCCAUUUUGAGUAAAAGUUCCCCUUUUUCCAGUAAAAGUUCCCCUUUUGCGGGUAAACGCUCGAUCUAAGUUUUAAUCGUCUGUUUUGACAAGUUCACAACUUCCUGGUAGUGGGGGAAGUUUGUGUAGUACCAGUCGGGCUAGUCGACUUCAUUGCAACGUCCUCAAAUCGCAUCAUUUUUGCGGACAAAGCGUUUUCCUUUUCUGUUACAUUACAUUCAUUCAUUUCCUGUUCAAGGCAUGACGGGAAAUUCCCGCGAGAAUGAAAUGAAGAAGUGGAAUUGAUUUGCGUUCCCGGAAUUCACCCGAGUUUUAAUGUUACAUUGUUUUAGACCCCAAAUGUUUUAGAAAUACUGUAGGUGAGCUCAAAAUUUUAAUCAUCAAACUGAACAAAGUGUUUUACCAUGAAAGCGCAACAAGUGCAGCAUGAUAUUGUGAACCUUUCACAACCGAUUAUGUUAUGAAUCUAGAGUUCACAUUACGCAUUGAAAUUUUUUGUUUUGAUUAUGAAAAUUUUCUUUGGGUAAGAAAGUUUAGUUUAUACUUAAAAGUACAUUAAGACAGAUGCUUGGUUGGGAGUAAACAGUAAACUCGGAAACACUGAUGCCAGAAUAUCAAAAAGAGGUUUGAAGACGAAAAACAAACAUCUAAACUCACCAUUAGUAUUCUAAAUCAGAAUUUUUUAAAAAACGUCAGUGUGUCUAAUCAGAAUUUUAGCAAACAUUAUUUAUGAUCAAAAUUCUAUAGCAAAUGUAAAUGUUCCUAAUCAGAAUUUGAUAGCCCUGUAUUCAAGAUAAUUAACAACCAGCUGGUUUAAGGUUUCAAACACUUGUACUUUCUUCACAUGUUCUUGUAAACUAUUCUUCAAAUUUAUAUUCUACUCAGCGUUGUUUAUUCUACGAAACUUUUUAAGCAUUCCAUUCUCGAAAAGCCAAUUUAAAAUCCCGGCAAUUUAAAAAUCAUAUCGGUGCGGCUCCUUUCAACACACUUAUACUCUUAUUUUGUGGGUGGAAAACAAUGAAACCGAGAACUUGUUCAUAAAAACAACAAAAGAUUUGGACCUGAAUUUUCCCGGCUCUAUGUGAUACGUAAAACACGACGUGCUGCUUUUCAUUUGUAUCUAGACGGCGGUGUUGAAAGUGUUUGUUUGGGAGUACAAUUUAUGCAUCGUAUGCUAAUUUGCCGGCCUUUUGAUUUAAAAGCAUACUCAAAAAUACACGUUUACCGGUAAUGUUUGGAGAAUCUAUAAUUGGAUGUAAAACGUAGUACUUUACAAAAUGUAGUAUGAGGAUCUAUGAUUGAAAGUGGAAACGCAAAAGAGCAACGUUAAAGUAUUUACUAGAGUGCCUUCAAAAUGUACGUGAUAAACUUCAAAAAGUGAUGUUAUAGAGCCAACUUUUUUCAAGCCUAGUACAAUACAAAGCCUACCUAAAAACACCAAAACCUAAUUUGCAAACUGACCAAACACCAUGUCUAGUUUGUGAAACUUGAAACCUGUAACAAAAUUCUUCAAAGUGUAAACCAGUAACCAAAUUGAAUGAGUAACCAAGUUUGCUUAAAACAAUAACGAUAUUCAAUUUUCAGGAUGGUAAUGGAUCCAUUUCCUCGAAAGAAUUGGGGGUGGCAAUGCGCGCACUCGGCCAAAACCCCACCGAACAAGAGCUGUUGGACAUGGUAAACGAGGUUGACAUUGACGGGUCCGGAACGAUAGACUUUAACGAAUUUUGUCAGAUGAUGAAACGAAUGAACAAGGUAAUAAUAUUAGCAAGGCCAAGAAAUUUUUGUCAUAAUGAUAAUAAUAUGAUCAAAUAUGUUCUGAUAGCUACACUAUUCUAACUGACUAACGUCUUUUACAAAAUUAUUUUGAAGAAUGCGUUUUAAAAUUAAGUUAGAAGAUAGUUCAAUUAAGAAAGCAUGAUUAACUACUGCUAUAUAUAGGUUUUCUUUUUGUUUCUUGAGGUUUAUGACCAAAAAUAGUAGGUUAUUUGAGAAAAAUAAUUAGGUUUUGUGAAGAAAAAUCUUGAUAUGCCAAAAUGAAAACUAUUAGCACAAAAAGAAAUAACACCUAAAUAAUUUAUGUUUUGCCCUAUAAACAGCCAGAUAUCAGUCUUUGACCCCCUUGACCAAUCGACAAACUUUUUAUCCAAGAGAUAAGUCAAUUUGAAAAUUAUAGGAAAACGAUAGCGAAAUGAUCCGUGAAGCCUUUCGGGUGUUCGACCGAGACGGCAAUGGUUACAUUACUGCUGACGAAUUCCGAUAUUUCAUGACGCAUAUGGGUGAACAGUUUAGUGACAAAGAAGUGGAUGAAAUUAUCCAAGAGGUCGAUAUUGAUGGUGACGGUCAAGUAAGUUUUUGCCAUUUUUUCAAGUAGUUUUAAGUUUAAGGCCAGUUUUAAGCUAGUUUUUGCGAUUUAUGAAACAAAAUGUAUCUUGCAAUUGAAGUUUAACCGUAAAACAUACAAAAAGAAUUUUAAAGCGUAGGUGAACACAAGCCGUUAAUUGUAGUUAACUAUGCUUCAUUUAAAAUGAUGUCAAGUCAUUAAAUUUCUUUUGCAUAUUACACCCCUCACGUUAAGUUGUAGCCAUUUGAACAAUUUUCACACCCACCACAAUUUAAUUAUUACGAUUUUAAACUCGUUAGUGUCGUAGCCAAUUUUUAACCAAUUACAUCAAGCACCCAGUCUCUUGACACCUAAUAUCAAUAGAAUUUUUUAUGAUGUGUAACGCUGUAACUGUUGUCUCAUACUACAUGUGAUAGAAAAAUUUAGCCAUACUAAUAUAAAAAGCCUUUAUUUAUUAAAGAACACUCCACACUCAUUAUCAAGGGAGCUUUUAACGCACAGACUACAGAAUAUCAUAACAGGAGGAUUAACCUACACUUUAUGCGUAGUUUGUUAUGAGUUCGAAAACAAUUUUGGGGCCUACGCUUUGCUAUUUUUGAGACACUUAAGCGUCGUUUUUUAAUUAAGCGUUCUUAAUUUGGUGCCAAAAAAACAAGUCCAAGUUCCGUUCGUCAAAUGCUAAUCUGGUUUUAGUGGUAGCACGUUGAGCUUAAUUCGAAUAGUUUAGCUGACACAGAUACAUAAACUUUUGUAAAAUUUUUAGUGUAAAAUACGGCCAUUUGCUGAAUAUCUUGUAAAAAUCAAGCCUUUGACUGAAAAUUCAGCCUUUAAAGCCAUUUUUAAUAAAGAAAAUCCAGCCAUCUUGUACAAUUUAUAGAUAAAUAAAGCUUUUUUGCCACAUCUUUAUACACAAAAGUUCAAAAUAAGUCCUGAAAUUUUAUGGCUACAACUCAAACACCACCGUGUCUGAAAACUUACACAAAAUCCUUUGCCUUCUACUAUAAUAAGCUUCUUUCGCAUCAUACCAACCACUGAUUACAGUUCAAUUUGUAUCUUUUGUGACAGCGAAGAAAACACUCGAAAAGCGCCUUUUAGCAACGCGUUUUACUGUAUGGUUUCUUAUAAGAUUCUUAUAACUUUGAGUUCUGUUCUUACGCUUAAGGUACUUAGCUUGUUUUCCUAUCUUUACUGUAUGUCGCAACUAAUCUUGUGGUUUGAGGUUACUGUUACAGUUAUAAGAAAAGACAAAAAUGUGUUAACCAAAGACAACAACUUUUGACAAAAUUCAAAUGAUUUUAAUCAAAAUGUCACGAGUAACGCUUACUAUAACAAAACUCAUAAACAAUCUACACAAUUUUUUCGUUUGAUGCUUUUUACAACUUUUCCUUCGAGAUUACAUUACUCAGACAAAGCAAAAUAACCCCACACGCUGGGAUUAUUUUCUACCAUGAGCGUAGUAAACACCAUGUCUAUAAAAACACAUUCGUCUUUGCCGUGCGUUCGAAAAUUGUGAACGUUCUUGAGCCUUGUAAAAAAAUUUUCUUUUUAAUUUUUAAGUUGUUUAUUUUAAGUAAUUCAAAUAAUUCUGUGCCCCAAACGCUAAAAAUUUGUUUUGAAAAAGAUAACAGAAUUAAUUGAACAAACUAAGAUUUUCAAAAUUAAUAAAAACUAAUUUAACAAGACAUAAGCACGUUUUUUCAAGAUUUAAGAACGUUUACGCGAAAUCCGACGUAGAUUAAGGUUUCUUUCUGUGGUCGAUUAUAAAUCGUAAUUAUAGGUAAUCAAAAUUAUUAUAAUCCGACCAUGUCAUGCAAUAUUCUAAUCUGCCACUUAUUUGUGAAAGAAAAAAAAGUAGAAUUCUCAAGAACCUUCGAAAUGUCAAACAAUAUUAAUGACUUUAGUAAACUUUUAGUGUUUUCUACAGCAUAAAUUUUUUCAGCCCAUCACAAAAAAAUUUUCCGAAACAACAUAUCAAUAUAGGCAUUAGCGCAUGAGCUUGUUUUUGACCUUUGGUCUGUGUUUUUGCACCAUCCGUUAACUUAAGGCUUUGCAAACGUUUCUUUACAGUUUUCUGGAUCUUUAAACUUCCAAAAGUUAGGAAUGACAAAUUUAAAAAAAGCGUCGAAAUUUGAGUUUUCACGAUUUUUCAAAAAUUUCAAGUUGCAUCUCUGACAAAUUUGUUUUACCAACUUUCCGGAAGUAUAAAGAUGAAAACACUUCCAGAAAGUUUGUGAAACAUUGUAAAAACCCUAUGAUAAACUGUGAGAGUUCAAAAACUGUUCAAAAGACAAUCUCUUGGGUCCUAUUAUAGCGCGCUGCAAACUACUAUUCAACAAUCUUCAUGUCAAAAAUGGAUAAACGAGCUUGUAACGUUGUGUUACAGUUACUUUUGUUUUUUUUUGCUUGGGAAUAGUGUUGAGGCUUGUAAAUAGCAGUGUUGGUCUUUGAGUCCCUUGAGGGUGAUUAGGGAAGUGCAAGGCUACACGGAUUUCUAAAAUCUCAACGUUUUUGAGCUUUACGUCAGUUUUUGACACAUAGGGUUUGAGGAUACAAAAAAAAACGUUGAAACAGGUUUUGAAAUUUAAAAACUAAUUCAAUAAACAAUAAAUUAAAAUUUUCAAGAUCACACAAAACAGCUUCUAACCUUAAUAUUUUUAGAUCGAUUACGAAGAAUUCGUCCGGAUGAUGGCUAGCUAA